AUGGCCGCCGUUUACAAGCAGCUGUCGGGAAACGACCGUGACGAGGAGAAGCCCACGGCCGAGAAGAGGAACAGGCAGCGCGUGCUGAUCCUGAGCUCCCGAGGUGUCACUUUCCGCCAUCGCCAUCUGCUGCAGGAUCUGUACUCCUUGAUGCCCCAUAGCCGGAAAGAGGCAAAGUUCGACUCCAAGACCAAGCUUUACCAACUGAACGAGAUGGCGGAGCUCUACAACUGCAACAACAUCCUCUUCUUCGAGGCAAGGAAAGGAAAGGACCUCUACUGCUGGAUGAGCAAGCCACCCAACGGACCCACUGUCAAGAUGCACCUCCAGAACUUGCACACCAUGGAGGAACUCAACUUCAUCGGCAACUGCCUCAAGGGAUCCAGGCCCAUUCUCUCGUUCGACGCCGCGUUUGACAAGCAAGCCCACCUCCGUGUCAUCAAGGAACUUUUCACCCAGGUUUUUGGUGUCCCCAAGAACUCCCGCAAGACCAAACCGUUCGUAGACCACGUGAUGGGCUUCACGGUGGCAGACGGCAAGAUCUGGAUCCGCGUGUACCAAAUCAACGAGUCCGAGACAGGCAAGAAGAAGCCAGUCAACGGAGACGACAUGGAUGUCGACGAGCUGGUGUCCAAGAAGAAGGGCAAGAGCUCCGACUUUGACGUCAGCCUGGUCGAGAUCGGCCCCCGCUUCGUCCUUACCCCCAUCGUCAUCCAGGAGUCGAGUUUCGGAGGACCCAUCAUCUACGAGAACAAGGAGUUUGUGUCGCCCAACCAGAUUCGUUCCGAUCUUCUCAAGGCAAAGGCCGGCCGAUUCAACACGCGCACAGAGGCCCAGAGGGACACCAGGAACAGGCGUGCUGACCUCGGCCUCACGUCGCACGGAGGCCUCAAGAAGGCAAAGGACCCGCUCAGCGACCAGGUUCUUUUUGCGUAG